AUGAAGAGGUCUCUUCCCUCUUUAUGCAUAGACGUGUUCCUCAUGAUCAGGCCCCACAAGACCACCAUCUUCGCAUACGCCAAGGAGUCGAGCACCUUGUUCGAGCUGAAGCGCAUCGUCGAGGGCAUCUUCAAGUGGCUGCCCGACGAGCAGCCGCUGUACAAGAACGACCAACUUCUGGAUGAUGGCCAGACACUGGGAGAGUGCGGCUUCACCAGUCAGAUGGCACGGCCGCAGGCCCCAGCCACCGUGGGUCUGGCCUUCCGGGCAGAUGAAGCUUUCGAGGCCUUGCACAUCGAGCCCUUCUCCAGUCCACCCGAGCUGCCGGAUGUAAUGAAGCCACAGGACUCAGGAAGCAGCGCCAAUGAACAGGGGGUGCAGUGA